AUGGCGCCAAAGCUCGACCCCAAUGAAGAGAAGAUUAUCCACCUCCGCGCCACUGGCGGUGAGGUUGGUGCAUCCUCUGCGCUUGCCCCAAAGAUCGGCCCGCUUGGUCUGUCGCCGAAGAAGGUCGGUGAAGACAUUGCGAAGGCGACGGGUGACUGGAAAGGUCUCCGCGUAACCGUUCGCCUCACCAUCAAGAACCGUCAAGCUGCUGUCUCCGUCGUUCCCUCGGCUUCUUCGCUCGUCAUCAAGGCGCUCAAGGAGCCGCCGCGUGACCGCAAGAAGGAGAAGAACAUCAAGCACACCAAGUCUAUUCCCCUCGAUGAGAUCAUUGAGAUUGCACGAAAGAUGCGCCACAAGUCGAUGGCCAAGGACCUGAAGGGCACAGUGAUGGAGAUCCUCGGCACGGCGUUCUCAACUGGCUGCCAGGUCGACGGUCGGAGUCCGAAGGCGGUGCAGGAGGACGUAUUGUCGGGAGAGAUUGAGAUUCCGGAGAAGUAG